UCAUGCAUUUCUCAUGCGGUUCAGUCUGAGCCCUAGAUAGAGAGAAGUGAAAGAAUGUCAAAGAGCAAGGACGACAUAAAGUAUGCGACUUCGCAGGCGAGGCUUGAUGAAGACGAAGCUGUGAGGACUGCGUACAAGCAUGGGACUCCUCUUGAAGGAGGCAAGAUUGCCGAGUCGGAGCCUGUCGAUCUCUUCUCCAGCGCUCGUAACAUUCCCAAGGCUCAGCCUCGUGAUGAAGAUUCUAGCAAUGAUCGAUCCCAGAUGCAGCAGCAUAAACCCGAUCUUACGAAACGAGAAGGCGGCCCGGGAUCUGCUGCUGAUAGUGCUAAAUUUCCCAAGAAAACUCCUCCUGCUGAUAGUGCUAAAUUUCCCAAGAAAACUCCUCCUGCUCUUAGUACUAAGUAGAUAGAUGCAUGUUUAUUCCAAUUUUUUUUUCUUUUAUUUUCUCCUCAUAUUUUUCUGCAUCCCUUUUGUGUUUGUUUUAUGUUUUAAGCUGUAAGCUCUUAAUUUUUUUAAAGCAUGAAAGCUCUUAAUUUUUACUUCCCUUUCUGAGCAUGAUUUUGGACUAAAAGUAAAGAAAAACAAAAGGCUAAAGAAAUGAAAUU